CUGGUCCAUGUAAAGGUCAUGGCUGUAAGUCUACUGAAGUGUGUAUGCCGCAGUCACCGACUUACUCUUGCAUCCCAUUAUUUGUGCAGUUUAAUGAAAACAGACAGCGUAAAAAGACUACAACAAGUAAACCUGGACAAACUGAUAUACAAACUACAACAACUAAACCAGGACGAACUGAUAUGCAGAUGUCAAUAACUAAUCCAGGACACACUGAUAUUCAGACGACAACAACUAAGCCAGGGCAAACUGAUAUACAGACUACAACAACUAAACCAGGACAUACUGACAAACAAACUACAAGAACUGAGCCAGGACAAACUGAUAUGCAGACUACAACAACUUAGUCAGGACAAACUGACAAACAGACUACUGGAAGUUUGGUUGUACCUGUAAAUAACUUAUCUUUAAUGGGAUAGCACAUCCUAAUUUUUACGGAGAUGUUGUUUAACGAGCCCGGAAAUUUAGAUACGAUCCGGGUAAACUUAUCGAUCCUUUAAAUACACUUAUUCUAAAAGGUUGCCAAUUAAACACUAUACUUAGAUCUUUUAAUAUUGUUUUUAUUGGUAUUAAUAUUGAUUUUGUUAUCAAUAAAUUAAAAUCAACCUAAA